AUGUCGUCAAUCCACUACAAAUUUCGAGCGACGCUCGAGUAUAAGACCCUUCAGUUUGAUGGUCUUCAUAUUUGUGGUAGUGACCUAGUACGGGAAAUCUGCGCAAAAGAGAACAUCAAAGCUGAGCUUUUCGACUUAUUGUUGCAGGUUUUUUUUUACUGGUGGAAGAAUGAAAGUUUUAUUCGAAUUUUAAGAAUGCGCACACAAAGAAGAAUUAUGGGUCCGAUGAGCUGAUACCUCGAAAUUCUUCAAUAAUUGUGCAACGGGUGCCUCGCACAGAAGCUGUUAAGAUACAAAAAGUCCAGUGAGUAGUGAUUUAGACUGGUUUACUUUUAUGUUUCCCUUGUAAGACUAUGGAUGCUGAAUCGACGUUUUUUUCAGGAACGGUGUGAACAGCGGAAUGAUAAACCAACCAGACGCCACUGGAACUUCUUCUUCGUUAGUUAGUGGCCAUAUUGCUGCAGUUAGUUUGAAGAAUGAAGAACAUAUCUUCACAAGCUCAUUUCAGUCGGAAUUCGAGAUGAUGGACGAGAACGAACGCUUGAAUCACGUCAAGGAUGUCUCCACGCGUGCUUAUGAUGCGUCAAAGUAUGUUAAAAACACUUCUGGGAGGAAACAUAUAAAAAAAAUUUCAGUUAUCGCAAGAAGACUGGAGGGAUAAUGAGUGGACCGCCUCCACCAACCUACACGUGCAACCGCUGCUACCAACCAGGACAUUGGUACAAAAACUGCCCAAUGGUAAUUGAAGAACUUCUUCUAACCAUGUGGAAUGGCACUCUCCGGUUUGAAACAUCGUUCCGGUGGAUUCUUCCGAGUGUGGCCUCUCUCUUCGACUGUUGUUUUUUCGAUCAUUUCGUUGUUUUUCAUUCGUCCUUUCUAGACGGCCCUUGCCGUCUUUUAUAUGUUGUCGUUAAACAACGUUUUAGAGAUAAAUUGGAAUUUUUAAUCAGAACUGUGUUCUUUGUUAUUUUUUUUGCUAGGUUAUUUUUUUCAACUCUUUUCUCUUUGAACAGAAAAUGUAUUACAGAUAGUUCGAGGUAUGUUUCAAAAAUGUUUGAAUUGAAAAAUGAAAGCAAGAGUUGUUUCUACUCUUUAGAAAUAAGGGAAAAAAAGGAAUCGGUAGAUUUUGAUUUAAAUUGAGAAAUAUUUUAAUUUGAACUGUUUUUGAUCAAUACGUGUAAAAUAUUUUAGUCUUCUAUUAGAGCUUUUCGUGCCUAAAGUAAACUUUAAAGUCUUAGAUUCGCGAUUACCAAAAACAACGUUUAAGUUUUUGCAUUAAAUAUGUUCAUAUAAACGGUUAUAUUGCAACAAAAACGGUAGGAGUAAGAGCAAACCGGUUGCGGAGAUAAUUAAGGUUUAUGAACUUCUCUAAAGCAAUUUGUGGUUUUCAGGGUAGUUCCAACACAUGCUGCAAUACAUGAUUGAGACUUUCUCGAAGAACUUUCAAGUCCUCUUCUGGAAACAUUUCAAUUUUUUGUUUUCGCAGCAUUUGUGGGAUUACUUUGAACAAGAAGCUGCUGAAAGUAUUCUAUAGAACUUGGUAAAGCACUUUUUUCAAUGUCUUCACCACGCUUGUUUACUUAGUUUGUAUUGAAGCUUCAUUUCAAAACUAGUUUCAAAAGACGGCGGAUGACAUCGGGUAAAAUUAAAUGGUCGCUGAGAGUUCCUUGUUCAACCUUUGUUUAGGCACUGCACUUUAAGGCCUGAACAAAUCCUGGUUCCACCUAAUGGAUAACCGCGACGGCGAUGUUGAUUCCAAGCGGAAUCCGUCCUGCGGUCGUUCGUCAUGUAGUUGUGUUCUUUUUGCAGCUGAACACCAAGCGGACGACUGGAAUUCCGGCACAAGAACUGAUGGAAACGACGGCCGACGAUCCGUUGGCCAUGUUGCAUCAAAGCGGGAGAUAUGUUAUACCCAUUAUGCAUUGGAAGGCUCGGCAGGAGAAUAAAAAGGUGAGGAAUAUUGAGAAAAGUUAAUAGUCCGAAUAACUUUUUGCUAAAUCAAAAAAAGUUUCUUUGUAAUGUCACUUAAUACUCUUAAGCAGUUCUUCAGUAUAUUGUGCGAAAAAAAAAUCGAUAAUAUAUGGUGUUUUUUUGAACUGGUUGAAAAGUUUAAAAAAAAAACCGAAUAAUUUCUUCGAAGUGUUUGGAGAGGCGAGCGAAAGUCGGCCUUUUCUUUAAUUGGAAUUAUAAGAAUAGCUCCCCGCCUUGAGAACUUGAUAGAAUUCGCCUAAGUUCUUCAAAUAACUCCAGAAAGCAGCUUUCGAAUAUGUAGUACAUGAAAAAUUUAAGUACAAAAACUGAGAAAUUAUAUGUUCUUUCACAGAAAACAGUUUUUUUCAGCUGGCGGAUGAAUCAAACUCCGCAAACAGAUCUGUUCCGCCAGAGUUGACGUGCCCGAUUUGCUCGAAUUUGUUGAAGGUUUGUAGAAAGAAAGAAGAGGAUAAAAAGCUUCCUUGUUCAGGAAGCCGUACUGACGACGUGCUGCGGCAACUCGUUCUGCGCGGACUGCAUCGGGCAGAAGAUUUUCGAGACGGAGGACAAACGGUGUCCUGGCGAGGGCUGCAACCAACAGCAAGUCUCGGUCGACGCGCUCAUCCCGAACAAACUUCUGCGACAAGCGGCCCAGGCGUGGAACAACCAGGCGCCGGCCGUCUCGGCUCCUUCCACGACGUCGACGAACACCGUCGCCGAGCAGUCCACGGAGCACAUCCGAAUUCGGUUUGUUGGACGAAGAAAUGAACAAAGUAGGGAAAACGACGCGUUCUAGGAAUAAAUUGUUUUCAUCGUUAUUUUUUGCAAUAAUGAAAGUUUUUUCUUCAGAAAAGAGGUUUUUUUUUUCAGAUAGUAGAAACUUUUCGGAGAAUCCAACUUUAUGCUGGAAAUUUCGAAAAAAUAAUUUUUUAUUGAAAUAACCCGUUAAUAAAAAUUACGAUAUUACUGAAGAAAAAGUUAAGAUAUUGUAUUGGAAGGUUUUUGAAGUUUUUUUCGCAUUAGUUUGUUGUUGCAAUUUCAAAGUAGAAAAUUCCGCACAGUAGUUUACAAGAUAUUAUGAAAUUGUAUAUGCUAACUGAGUAUAUAAUAAUAUUAUGUGAAGUUCAGAAGUCAAGAUUCAUUGGAUUACAGAAAACGGGAAAGUUGUGAAACCAACAAUUAUUUUUUAUCGUUUUAAGGAUUGGCCUACAACCUCGUGCUCAACCUCAGCCUGCAGCUCAGCCCCAACCAACGCAGGCAGCUGCUGUGACGGCUCAGCCUCCACAACCACAGGCCUCGAGUUCGCCGUUGACCGUGCCGAUUCCCGCGACGACCGUCGCCGGCCUCGUUUUCUCCAAUUCUCCCGCCUAUGCCUCUCCUACGACGUUGGUCCAUCCGACAAUUCCUGUCUCUGUGUUCCAGGUUUCUAUUUUUCUUUGUUUUCCUUCUCAUUGAGUUGUUGCAGCAGCAGCCGAUGCAGAUUAUGUCUUCUGGAGUACCGAUGCAAGCCUCGAUGGUAAUUUCUUUCUUUUUGAAUGUUUUAUCUCUUAAUAUUCAGAACACCAUGAUACCCGGCAUGCAAACUCAACAAAUGCUCCAAACCACUGAAAUGGCUCCUCCAGGCGUUCCUUCUCUGAACGCGCCCGCGAUUCCUGGUGUUUCAGGUUUUCGAAUGCGAUUAUGAAAAUCUAGGAAGUUUUUCAUUUAGUUCUACCUUCCACCGCCAUCUUGCCAAACGUCAAUCUCUCUAUACCUCCUCCGGCUCAACCGCCCAUUCCCGGAGUCGGUAUGACUCAUAUGAUCCCCCAGACACAAUACAAGUUUGAUUCGACUUUGGAUCUAAUAUAAUAGUCAUUUUCAGUCUCCCACCUCCGAGUUACACCAUCCAGACGGCGCUCCCUUCGAACCAAAUCGGCCUGGGAGGCUUGGAAGCCUGGGAAGCCUAUCUGAGGAAGAAGGACGCCGGGAAAAAAAACAAGAAGGACGAUCAUCGCGACUCUCACAGGGACUCUAGGCGCAGAAGAAGGUUUAUAAGGGAUCCCGGAGUGAUCACUUGAGGAAUGGUUCGAGGGAACAUUUAAAGGAUUAUUCGCAAGAAACGGAACUUUCAAUUUUUUUUUUGCUUCUUAGUGUAUUCCUGGGGUCGAGUAGAAUCAAAUAAAUCCAUAAACAAAAACUAAUAAUGCAUUUCCCGCGAUUUCUCACUUCACAUACAUAAGUUCUCCACUACUUCACUCCAUAAGUACGAUAUUAAUUUUAUGAAAAAUGAAAGAAAAAAAUAAUUUCUGCCAGCGAAAAAGUUUUCGUCCCUCGGAAUAGUAUUAGUUUCUGGAAAUUCUCGUCUAUCUCGUCACUUUUUUUUUUGCUUCUUUCAUAAAUAAAAAAAAAUGAACCGACUGCUUACUGAAUUUUUUCUUUGAAACAUUUUUUGUAACGAGAAACCUUAAAAGGAAUCUAAUUUUGUUCGCAACCAGCUUUUUUAGGAGCCGUAGCAAAUCAGAAUCCUCCUCUGAUGAAGAUCGGCGUCGGAAGAGAAAGGACAAAGAAAGAGAUCGCGAUGAAUAUCGACGGGAGCACAAAAGAAGUCGCAAGAACGACGAACGUGGUCACAACAGGGACCGGCAUUCGGAUGAGUGAGUUCACGAAGACAAUUGAUGAAAGUUGAUAAAAGUGUUUUUUGAUUUCAAGUUGUGAAGAAAAUGGUUUUAGCUUUUUAGAGAUAAUUUCCCGUAAAUUCUCAGUUCUUACUCGCUUGAAAAAAAUUGGUCAGGUUUCAUAGAACUCUUGGGGAAAAUUUCUAUCAGUUUUUUUGAAACCCAAACUAAAUAAUAAAAGAUUAACGAAUCUUACUUUUACGUCAUAUAAAAUAUUAUUUUUCCCACAAUAACAGUCGAUUUGAAGACGUCGCGACCUGCCAUCUUUGAUGGAGCGCAGUUUGACGCCGCCCUUCCACCUACGUCACCUUGAUGAAGAGUGGCUCCAGGAAGACAAAGAGAAGGAGACGAAGAAGGCGUCGAGACAUGAAAGAGACCGAAAGGAGAAGCCCUCCAGACGGGAUCGCAAGGCUCCCGAGGCUAAAGGACGCAAUCGGUUCGAUUUAUCGUUGAAUGUUCACCUCGAUUUCAAACUUUUAGAAGGUCUGAUGAAGUUCGCGAAGAGGAUGAUGAGGCUGCGAUUGAUGGCGCCUUGGCUGAGGUUUUGAUCAUCUCCCAAAUUGAUAUUUAACUUUUGUUUACAGUACGAAAAACUGAAGCAAUCUUCGACCUCCAACGAGGAUUUGAGCGCCGAACCGGCCGACAACGCGACUGGAGAUGAAGACGUCGUUUCGGAAAAGAAUGAGACGGACGAGGUGGAGGAAGAUGAGGAGCCCAAGGAGAACGACGGCCAGUCCAGUCCCGAGUCUGUCCACAGCGGUCCUCCUGAAGACCCGGAAUCCACCGUCAAGGUGAUUAUCUUCAGUGGACCAAGUUAAUUAAGCAAGGGCUUCAAGAAAAAUCCCUCUUUCAUUAACCUAAAAAGUUAGGAAAUGAUUUUUGCGACUACAUAUAGUCCUGAUAUUUUAUUAGAAAGGUAAAUACGACGCCAAAAACACAGUCAUAAAUUAUUAGUAGAAUAACCCAGACUUAUACUUUCUAUUGUAGCUGCAGUCUGCACUGGAAACGAGUGAAGCUGAAGUUGCCGAACUAACCGAGAAGACCGACGUCGAUUCUUCGGAGCUCAGUGACCAUCACGAUAAAAAUCUCAUUCAGUUAGUUGAAUUCUUUGAGGAAAAACUCAUCAUUUUCUUACAGCGAGUCGUCGACGAACGAAGACGAAGAAAAAGAAAAGUUGAAGAAGGACAAGAAGCAUAAGAAGCACAAGAAGAACAAGAAACGGAAGCACCACAACGAAGAAGACGGAGACUCCGAAGAGAGAAAGAAGCGCAAGAAGCACAAGAAGGAGAAGAAGACCAAGAAGGAUAGAAAAGAAGAGGAGGAGGCCCACGAGGACGAUGACAAGGUGAUUCGUUUGCUCUAGUGAAGGAUUUCAAAUGUCGAUUUCAGAAGAGACACCACAAGAAGAAGAAAGACCGCAAACGCUCCAGAGACUCGGAUUCCGAGGAAGAUGUAUGUUUUUUUGUUGAGACUUUUUUAAGAUUAAUAUUUGGUUCUCUUUAUACGUUUGAGACAUUAAUUUUUGUUUUUUUUUAUUCUCAGUUUUUUCAGGAGGUUCCCCCGAAGCGACGAGCAAGAAGCAAAGAGCCUGAAGCUGACCGACAGCGAGAGGUUGAACGAGCAAAGGAGCUUCGCGACCGAGAAAAACAACGUGAAGAACGCGACCGUGAACGGGAAAGAGAACGGGAACGCGAAAGAGAGGAGAGAGCCCGCGAACGUGAGAGGGAAGAGAGAGCUCGUGAACGGGAGAGAGAACGCGAGAAGGAAAGAGAACGUGAGAAGGAACGUGAAAGAGAGCGCGAGAAGGAACGAGACAGAGAACGCGAAAAGGAGCGAGACAGAGAACGCGAAAAGGAACGAGACAGAGAGCGCGAAAAGGAGCGGGACAGAGAACGCGAGAAGGAACGUGAAAGAGAACGUGAUAAGGAGCGAGACCGACAGAAGGAGCGUGAUCGUGAGCGGCAGAAGGAGAAGGAACGCAGUCGUCGGGGCGCUGAAAGGUCCAAGCAACAGGCCCCGGAGCCGGCGAAGGAGUCUGAGCGGAAAUCGGAGAGACGUCAGCGACAUGAGAGUGCCGUCGCCGCCACCGACGUCGAGUCUGAAGAUCAGAAACCCAAGGUCAGGACUAAAUCGGACAUGAGAGAAUAAUCUAGAAAAAACUCAGUACCUUUUAAAAAUUAACUAGUUUUUUUAUCUAUUUACUCGCGUCACUCAUAAGGCGAAAUCGUGUAAAUAUACCAAGAAAAACUAUCUGAAUUAAUAAUAUUAGGUGUCAAGUUUUGAUAUUCCAUUUUGGAAAUCCUGUUUUUUUCUGUUUCACCUUUUUUCUUUAAACCUGAUACUUCAAGAUUGAUAUUAUAGGGUUGAGUUAGCAAUGGUGAAAAACAAUGGUUCCGAGAAAGCUCUUUAUGCAAAAUAAAAGCAAAAGUGACACGAUUUGGAGCUCCUGCUACCGCUCGUCAUAGAUAUUAUUGAAAUAAAAUCAAAUUCGAUAUUUCUUGAAUUUUUUUUUAUCAAAAUUUCUCAAUUUUUCUUUUUUGUUGAAAGUUUGGAAAAUCAUCAUUUUCCACUUGCCAAAACCCUAAUGAAGCUAUUUUUGUGUUGCAUUUAGUUCGAAAAUAUCUGAAGAAUACUGUAGUCAGCCCUUUUCAACUCGUUAAACAAUUUGAUUUUUACAGGACCCCCAAAGACUGAAGGACGCAUUCCCUUCGUCGAACAAAGUCGUCGUUGACAACAAGAAGAAAAAGAUGAAGAUUACCCUGAAUCUCUAA